AUGAACAACAUCAGAAAGCCAUACAUCAGUAGUUGGCAUACACUAUCAGUCAAUGAUUCAAGUCCACUUCCUGUUUCUCAUACUCUUAAUGAAUUACCAGCUAAAGUAGACGUCCAAGUCAAAAUAAUCCAAAGCGGUAAGGAGUACAUAUUUCCAGGACUUGGAUCGGUUCCAAAAGAUGACGACAUACCGACUGAGUAUGGUGGUGUGGCGUAUGCAUACAACUCCUCCCAUGUACUGUUAUUUGUUCCUGUCAUUAAAUCAUUCAAUGGUGGAGGCAUUGGGCGUGUUUUAACUACAGGUAAUACCUCAUACAAUGGCCCCUUUGUUGGAUCCGCUAGCACCUGUAAGGUUCGCAUAAGGGCUUGGAGGCUGUCCGACUGGCCAAAACCUGAUUUUAGUAUUACUGCUGGACUGACGAUUUCUAAAGCACGCCCAUACAAAAAUAUACAGCAUUGCUUGGGGGCGUAUCCAGACUUCGUAACAGUCCAGCUCUUAAUGCCAGGGGGACUGGUUUCAGAGGGUCUAAUUGACUAUGUAUCAUGCUACAGAGACGGGUGGGGGAACUUUCCUGAAAUUGUUGCAGACACUGCUGACGUCACAAUCAGAGCUUGGAUACUCUCGUCACCAGAUAUUGUAAACACAAAUAACUUUGCGUAUGUCAAAGGUGACGAUAUGCCUGGAGCAGGAGUGAUAUCUAUGACAAACGCAAUGGACCUUGACUUUUACAUAGUCAAUGUUGAGGUCAGAGACAAGACAGUCAGGAAAGGGAAAUUAUUUUACGGAGCUGGAUCUGCCAAUAUAGGAUACUCAGGAGAGCCUUAUGGGGGUGUCAUUUUUGGUUACACACAAUCAGAUGUUCUUUUAUGGACACCCAGCACUAGUGUGACUGGGGGGAAUCUUAUCUACAUUGGUGGCUUGUGGGGAAAUGGAACAGAGACUAUGCAGAUCAACAAAGUUCAGAUAACAGUCAGAGUUAUAAAGGCUGGGUUUACAGAAUGCCCAAUGCCUCAAGAUAUUCCGAAUACAAUCAAAAUGAAUAAUGGACUAAUGGCUGGAAAUAAGACUUUAUAUGCUUGUAUACCUGGAUACACCAGUAAUGGAGAUUCAGUUGAGAGUUUGUGCAAUGGAACAUCAUGGUCCAAAACCAGUUUAUCCUGUUUGGGUGUGUAG